AUGAGCAAGAGUCGCUGCACACGGGAAGCGGCGGCAAUACUGCGUCUGACGCGGCGGCUGCAGCCUGCGCGACUGGCGUCUCAAGUAAUCACACGACAGCAGCAGGUUCGGGGGCUCAGCCGCGUUGCGCCCCCGAGCGACGGCAAGCAGGUCGCCGUCAUUGGCGGCGGCCUCACCGGCCUCACGACGGCCUACCUGCUCGCGAAGCAGCUCCCGGAGUCGGCGUACAUUACCCUGUUCGAGUCGAGCGACCGCCUCGGCGGAUGGAUACGGACCGACGAGGUGCGCGUCAACGUCAAUGGCACUCGGGGCGUCGUGCCCUUUGAGCGUGGUCCGCGAACCCUGUCGUCGCUCCGCGGCAACACCUGGCGCUAUGAUGACCUUGUACUUUAUGAACUGAUGCUCGAUCUUGGCCUCAAACCCUCAUACCCAAAGGACCUGCCCCGGUACCUCUACUACCCAGACCACCUCGUCAAGAUGCCGCCCGACGCGUCAGUGUUUGACUGCCUGACCGAGAGCCUCUUCCGCGAGUGCAUAUGGGGCGCGCUCGGCACGGCCGCGUCGUGGGUGACGGGCCGGCACCGGGGACGGCUGCCCGCGCAUGACCUGUCCGUGGCGGAUUGGCUGCGCCUCAUCACGUCGGACGGCGCCGUAGGCAACAACCUCGUGUCGGCCAUGAUCCACGGCAUCUACGGCGGCGACAUUGAGCGCCUGAGCGCGCGCAGCGUCCUCGACCGCAUGUACUACAACCUCCACCUGCGGCCCGCCGAGUCUGGCCAGCGCCACGUGCCGGUCCACGAGCUCGCCUUCAUGAACCACAUGGUCAAGGACGCGAUGGUCUGCGCAGAGGCCAACAAGCCCAAAGGAUCGCUGGUGCACUUUGGAGCGCAGGGCAUGGAGGCCCUGCCCAGGGCGCUCGAGGGAGCCCUCGCCGGGCAGCGCAACGUCAACAUUCUGCGGCGGGCCUCGGUGAUGGACAUCAAGCCCGCCACCAAUACUGGUCGCAUUGGCGAAGAAAACAAGCUUCAGGUGCAUUUUCGCCAUGCGUCGACUCCUGGAGAGGAGGUGGCCCAGAUCUUUGACCACGUCGUUUCCACUACAUCCAGCGACGCCCUGGUCAACAUGACCGGCGACGCCUUGUCAACCCUCUCCGGCAUCGAGUCCGUGUCCAUCAUGACAGUCAACCUGUGGUACCCCACCCCCGACAUGAAGCCUCCCGGCUUCGGCUACCUCAUCCCGCGCUCCGUGCCGCUAGAGCAGAAUCCCGAGCGCGCGCUCGGCGUCUUCUUCGACUCCGACGUCAUCAGCGAGCGGCGGCCCGACGAGCCCCCCGGCACCAAGCUCUUCGUGCUCAUGGGCGGCCACCACUACCGCGGCCGGGAGCCGCCGUCCGAGGACGAGGCCAUCGUCCAGGCCAAGGCCCUCCUCGAGCGCCACCUCGGCAUCCCGCGCGACACGCCCUGCCUCGCCAUGGCGCGCCUCGCAAGGGACUGCAUCCCGCAGCACAACGUCGGCCACGUCGCCCUGCUCAAGGCCGCCGACCAGCAAAUCACGUCGGCGUUUGGCGGCAGGCUCACCGUGGCCAAUGGCUCCUACGGCCGCAUCGGCGCCAUGGGCGCCCUCCGCAACGCGCACGGUGCCGCGUACACUGUCAUCUCUGACCAUCGGUACUCGGGCUUGGAUGACUUUAUACGUAAUCCUACCAUUGUCGACGUACCGUUAGAGACAAUUCCAUGUCGCCAACCGCAGGCGAAAGCUUAG